AUGCCGCCAAAGAACAGUCGUAAUCAAGUUGGCCUUGGACGUGCUAUCAUCAACCGAAAGGUGAAAGAUGCUCGAGCAGCCCGAGAAGAUACAGACAAGUAUACUACAGACCUAGAUACAGGGUUGCAGUCUAUUACUCAAGAGCGGAACCUGGACGAAUUUUUAAAUACGGCGCAACUGGCGGGAACCGAAUUCACAGCAGAGCGUCAAAAUAUCACCAUAAUUCAGAAUUCCGCCGUUACCUCAGUAGGACAUAACCCCUACCUCCUAUCAUCUCAAGAGGAAAAAGAGACCCUGCGAAGACAUGCUCAGAACAAGGAUCGUCUCCGUGUGCCCCGAAGGCCUCCCUGGACCCGUGAUCUUACUACAUCCCAGCUUGAACGGCAAGAACGUGAGGCAUUCUUGGAGUGGAGAAGAAGUAUUGCCCAGUUGCAGGAAGCAGAGAACUUUCUUCUAACCCCAUUUGAGCGAAACAUUGCUGUGUGGAGACAAUUAUGGCGUGUUCUGGAGCGUGCGCACCUGGUCGUUCAGAUUGUAGACGCCCGAAAUCCCCUGCGCUUCCGAUGCGCUGAUUUGGAUUCAUAUGUGCACGACGUUGAGGGCCCUGAGGGCGAGGACUCGGGCCCCAAAGGCCUACGCAGAUGCUUGUUGCUUGUGAAUAAGGCAGACCUCCUGACCGCCGAUCAAAGGCGAGAGUGGGCAGACUACUUUGAGAAGGAAGGCAUACAGUUCGCCUUUUUUUCAGCAGCAAACGCCAAGGCAUUGCAAGAAGCCAAACGGCUUGCGGAAGAGGCUACUUUUGAUCAGCCGCAGCAAAAUGAAGAUAAUGAAAGCGAAGAUCAUUCGGAGAUAGAGUCGGAAGACGAGGUCGUCGAUGCUACUGGGGACCCCGCAGAGUCACACACGGAUGAGUCUACGGAAGAAACCGCCCCACAUGCAGACACAUCUGCUGAUAUUGAUCCUCACCACCUUCCUGUCGAUGCAAGCGAGACAGACGACCCCCGGACACGAGUUUUGUCAGUAUUGGAGUUGGAAGAGCUCUUCUUGAGUUCUGCGCCGGAUCUAUCCACAUUCGCCACAACAACAACCCCGGCCCCAUCUAAGCUUGUUGUAGGGUUGGUCGGAUACCCCAACGUUGGAAAAUCCAGCACAAUCAAUGCAUUACUCGGCGAGAAGAAGGUUUCAGUCUCGUCCACUCCUGGUAAAACGAAACAUUUCCAGACGAUCCAUUUAUCCCCGUCUAUUGUCUUGUGUGAUUGUCCUGGAUUAGUAUUCCCCCAGUUUGCGACCACAAAAGCUGCGCUUGUAUGCGAUGGCGUGUUACCAAUCGACCAGAUGAGGGAACAUAUCGGGCCAAUCGGCUUGGUUGUUCGGCGCAUUCCUCGGGGUAUCUUGGAAGGUACUUAUGGGUUGCGUAUACGACGGCGUGACGUCGAAGAUGGCGGGGAUGGCGAUGGCGAACAGGUCACAGCGGAGGAUCUCUUAGUGUCUUACGCGAUCGCUCGUGGAUUUGCUCGCGCCGGACAGGGUUUACCGGAUGAAGCUCGCGCUGCCCGGUACAUUCUCAAAGACUACGUUGCUGGAAAGCUCCUAUUUUGUCACCCACCCCCUGGUCUCGAUGAAGAUGCCUUCAAUGCACGUUCCCGUCAACUCGCCCUCGAGCGGUUAGCAGCCGCAGGAAAGAAAAUGGCCCCUGCGACACACAAGUACGCCCGGCGCAGGCUCGGUGCAGGAAAAGUUCUCGAUCGCGAGUUUUUCGAACAAGGGAGCGAACUGGCCGCAAACGCAUUUGUCAAGGGGGGCAAGGCGUUUAUACGCUCCACGGCCUACCCACAUCAAAAUUCGAUUGGUGAUGACGGAAGGAUGGUACGUGGAGGGAUAAAGGCAGACGAAGCUGCCGUUAAAGGCAAGAAACAUAACAAGGGCAACAAGAGGGCCAAGCAACGAAGUGGCAAGGGGUACGACUAG